GCUUGCUGGUAUCCCCACCAUGAGGAAUGGAUAUCUAAGGUUGCUGCCAGGACUCUCAGUGCUGCUGCUGUUGACAUUAAGACCUGCAGACAAGGCCCUUGGAGUCUCUGCCUCCAUGGCCUGUGCUCCCUGGUGCCCCCGACACUCCACAUGUGUCAACGCCACCACCUGUCGGUGCCUUCCAGGAUUCAACUCUUCAUCUGCCAACAUCAUCACUGACCCCACGGAGACUUGUGAUGACAUUGAUGAGUGCAGACCACCCUCGCCAGUUUCCUGUGGAAAACUGGCAGAGUGCCGGAACACGGAGGGGAGCUACUACUGCAUGUGUGCCCCGGGAUACAGGCUUGUUUCUGGAGCAAUGAAUUUCAGUCUUGAGAGUCAGAACACGUGUCAAGAUGUGGAUGAGUGCAGCUCCAGGGAGUAUCAGUGUCACAACUCCACCUUCUGCAUCAACACUCUGGGCUCAUACGUGUGCCACUGCCUCCCAGGCUUGGUGCCCAAACCCGGAUUCCUACAUAAACAAAGGACUACCCAGUGUGAAGAGAUCUCCUUCCCCACUUGGAUCCCUCCCCCUGGAAUCAAAAGCCAGAGUCUGUCCCGCUUCUCUAAAGAAGUCCAGGAUCUUGGCAGAUACUUCAUGCCCGCCUCAACCCAGGACACCAUCAAGUAUGUUAUCAAGGCAUUGGAUGAGCUACUGGAAGUCCCUGGGGACCUGGAGGCCCUGACCCUGCCUGACCGGCACCGUGUGGCCACCUACCUGCUGUUGUACCUGGAAGAAGUCCUGAGGACCCUGACCAAGUCCAUAGGUGAACCCUCCUUCACCUACUGUUCCCCUUGGGACACAGAGGUGUCCCUGGUGAUCCAGGAGCAAGGGAAUGGAACCAUCACCCCGGGCCAGAGCCAUGCACGGAUGCAGCUGAACUGGGCUGAGGCAGUUGGCACUGGGGAGCCGGGCCCCACCCUGGCAGGCUUAUUCUCCAGCCGCAACAUGCAGAGAUUGCUGGCCAAUGCUUCACUGGAGCUGGACCCUGAGAAGAAAGCCCAGCUGGAAAGCGCACAUGGAGGUCCUGUUGGUGGUGGCCAGCCCAGGCUCCUCUCUGCUGUUAACACGAUCUUUCUGAGCAACAAGAACAUGGAGAAACUAGGCUCCCCUGUCAACUUCUCCUUCUCCCACCCUUCAGUGACCCCUGGACCAAGGCAGCAGGUGCUCUGUGUCUUCUGGGAGCAUGGCCAGAAUGGAAGUGGUCACUGGGCCACCAAAGGCUGCAGGAUGGUGGGCACUGGAGACACCAGCACCACCUGCCUGUGCACGCACCUCAGCAGCUUUGCCGUCCUCAUGGCCCAGUAUGACGUGCAGGAGGAGGAUGUCGCCCUGGCUGUGAUCACCUAUGUGGGGCUGAGCCUCUCUCUGCUGUGCCUCUUCCUGGCGGCCCUCACCUUCCUGCUGUGCAAAGCCAUCCAGAACACCAGCACCUCCCUCCACCUUCAGCUCUGCAUCUGCCUCUUCCUGGCCCACCUGCUCUUCCUCACUGCCAUCGACAGAACGGAGCUCAGGGUGCUGUGUGCCAUCAUCGCAGGUGCCUUACACUACCUCUACCUGGCCUCCUUCACCUGGAUGCUGCUGGAGGGCCUGCACCUCUUCCUCACUGCACGCAACCUCACUGUGGUCAACUACUCCAAUGUGAGCAGGUUCAUGAAGAAGUUCAUGUUCCCUGUGGGCUAUGGAGUCCCGGCUGUCAUUGUGGCCAUUUCUGCAGCAUCCAGGCCUCACCUUUAUGGAACAGCUGCCCGCUGCUGGCUCCACCCAGAAAAGGAUUUAUGUGGGGGCUUCCUUGGACCCGUCUGCGCCAUCAUCUCUGUCAAUCUGGCUUUCUUUCUGAUGACACUCUGGAUUUUGAAAAGCAAACUCUCUUCCCUCAACACUGAUGUGUCCACCCUGCAGAAUACAAAGAUGCUGACAUUUAAAGCAAUGGCCCAGCUCUUCAUCUUGGGCUGCACGUGGUCUCUGGGAAUCCUGCAGGUGGGCCCAGCUGCCCAAGCCAUGGCCUAUCUCUUCACCAUCAUCAAUAGCCUGCAGGGCGUCUUCAUCUUCCUGGUGUACUGUCUCCUCAGCCAGCAGGUCCGGGAGCAAUACAGACAAUGGUUUAAACGAGUGAGGAAAAUCAAAACAGACUCUGAGAAGUACACCCUCUCCAGCAGGGCCACAUCUGAAUCUUCCAAGCCUAGCAUGGUGAAUUAAGAAGAUCUUUUGAUCUAUAGCCUCUUAUCCCAUGGAAACUGCCCUGCCAUUCUUUGAGCCAUUGAGAGAGGAUAGAAAGACUUUGUGGUGUGUUUCAAGAAAUUCUUCAUAUCAGCAAUGUGAAAGAAGUCAUGGUGGACAUGCUGGAAACUCAACCUCUGCAAAAUCUGGAAUUUUUCUUUGCUCUGCUGUGUACUUGGAAAGUUUGGCAUGUAAAAUUCCAGUGGUGGCCCAAUUUUUAGGAACUUUGAGUUAAGUUUCUGCAAAGGCUCUGCUUUCUACGGACUCUCCAGAGACUGAACGUUUAUGAACAUGAAGAAGAGUGGAAUGUUCAUGCUAAUGUCUGGAUUUCUUAAUUUCUUUUUUCAGUAUUUCUAGAGGUUUAAUUGUGUACUUGUGUAAAAUGAUUAAUUAUUCACCAUGUCUAAGGCAGAAAUUAAGAGCUACUCAGGCAGGUCCUGCCUUCAUGGGGCUUUCAGAGGGAAAUAAAUUAAUUUAUGCAGCUAUA